AUGGAUGUUGACGGUGAAAAGGAAGAGGGAGAGGGAGCAGCAGCAGAAGAAGAGGAAGAAGAAAAGACGAUGUGUCGAUGUGUUAUGCAAAGAAAACAAGUUAUAUAG